CUCCAUUGGGAUUACAGCCGAAGGAUACUCUAAUCUGCAGGGUUGCUCGGCGGGCACCAAGGGACUGCGGGGCUGGCAACUUUGGGCUGCUUACCCCAGGCCAGAGCAGAGGUGUCAGGCAGAGACAGGGGACAGGCGAGCAGAGCUUGAGGAGUCUUUGCAGGAAGCCUAGCAUCGUCCCGACCUGUCCCACCAUGGAUGCCACAGAGGUGCCCAUCCAGGCCGAGAUGGUGGAGCUGGUGCCCAAUGGGAAGCAUGCUGCAGCGCUCAACACAUCCACCGUCCCCUCACUGGCGGGUGACAGGUUUGAUGAGAACCAGUCCAAUGCGGCCGAGCUGGAGGAGUUUCUGCCCCAUGGCGCUGAGAAGAAGCAGACACACUUCACGGACUUCGAAGGGAAGACGUCUUUUGGGAUGUCCGUGUUCAAUCUCAGCAACGCCAUUAUGGGCAGCGGGAUCCUGGGGCUGGCGUAUGCCAUGGCCAACACAGGCAUCAUCCUCUUCCUCUUCCUCCUGACGGCCGUGGCCCUGCUCUCCAGCUACUCCAUCCAUCUGCUGCUGAAAUCCUCAGGCAUCGUGGGGAUCCGUGCUUAUGAACAGCUGGGCUACCGAGCCUUUGGCACACCAGGGAAGCUGGCCGCAGCCAUUGCCAUAACGCUGCAGAACAUUGGAGCCAUGUCCAGCUACCUGUACAUCGUCAAAUCCGAAGUGCCUCUUGUCAUCCAGACCUUCCUCAACCUGGAGGAGAAGACCACGGACUGGUACAUGAAUGGGAACUACCUGGUGAUCCUGGUUUCCAUCACCAUUAUCCUGCCCCUGGCCCUCAUGAAGCAGCUCGGCUACCUGGGCUAUGCCAGCGGCUUCUCCCUCAGCUGCAUGGUCUUCUUCCUCAUCUCGGUCAUCUACAAGAAGUUUCAGAUCCCCUGUCCUCUCCCUGCACAAGAGGUGAACGGCACGGGCGGCCUCAACUACACGCUGGGGAGCACCAGCAACUACCAGAACGGCUACGCUGUCCUCCAGGCCCCUGACGAGGGGACUUGCUCCCCCAGCUUCUUCACUCUCAACUCCCAGACAGCGUACACCAUCCCCAUCAUGGCCUUCGCCUUUGUGUGCCACCCCGAGGUCCUGCCCAUCUACACCGAGCUGAAGAACCCCUCUAAGAAGAAGAUGCAGUGCAUUUCCAACAUCUCCAUCACAGUCAUGUACCUGAUGUACUUCUUGGCUGCACUUUUCGGCUACCUCACUUUCUACGGCCGUGUGGAGUCGGAGCUGCUGCACACAUACAACAAGGUGGACCCCUUUGACGUGCUGGUCCUGUGCGUGCGGGUGGCUGUGCUGACGGCCGUGACACUCACCGUUCCGAUUGUCCUCUUCCCGGUGCGCCGGGCCAUCCAGCAGAUGCUGUUCCAAGGCAAAGACUUCAGCUGGGUCCGUCACAUCAUCAUCGCUGUGGUCCUGCUGACCUUCAUCAACCUGCUGGUCAUCUUUGCCCCCUCCAUCCUUGGCAUCUUCGGCUUGAUUGGUGCCACGUCUGCUCCCUGCCUCAUCUUCAUCUUCCCCGCCAUCUUCUACAUGCGCAUCAUGCCCAAGGACAAGGAGCCGCUGCGCUCCCCUCCCAAGAUCCUGGCAGCCUGCUUCGCCCUCCUGGGGGUGCUCUUCAUGAUCAUGAGCUUGAGCUUCAUCAUCAUCGACUGGGCCACAGGGGGUGGGAAGAGCAGCGGCAGCCACUAGCUGUCACUGGGGGCCCAGGCUAAGCUGCCCCUGCGCUGGU